UCCAUUCACUAGCAGCGCGCAGGAGGGUGUGUGUGUGUAUGAGUGAGUGUGUGUGUGUGCGCGCGCGUGUGACACACGGGAUGAAGAUGAUGAGACUCCACUAGGACAAGUGAACCUUCUAGAUUGGAUACAUUCCGGGGUCGGACCUGAUCAGCGUGUCUGCGCUCGGACUCUCCAUCUGCGUCUAUUAACCGGACACAUAUCUGUCCAUAUAGCCUACUUCUAGAAGAAUAUCUGCGUCUCUCUGUAUAAUGCCGACACAUAUGAGAUUUCGGAGAAGGUCGUUUCUCGGGCUUUUAUUUCUCUUCUCGCUCUCCACUUCUGCACUGUACUUCAUCUAUUCAGCCCCUGGCAUAGUCAAUGAGUACCUGUUCACGGUUCAGGCCCGUGGGAUCCAGAUCCGCGAGAAUGUGAGGAAUAUGGGAGCUCAGGUUCUUGAGCAGAUGGUCCGCGGUGCAUACAACGUCAACGGCACAGACUAUGCAUACGAGUUUAACUUAAGUGAGGCAGAUGUUCCCACCACUGCUUACCUCCCGGAGGGCUUCACGUACAAGCCUGAUCAGGUCUGCCCGGAAAAACUGCCCUCCAUGAAGGGAAAGAUGAAGGUGAACAUGAGUGAGAUCGCUCUAGAGGAGGUUGAGAGACUACUCAAGAAAGCAGAUCCAAGUCUGUCUCUCGGGGGCCACUGGAAACCGCACGACUGUCUCCCACGCUGGAAGGUGGCCAUCUUGGUUCCUUUCCGUAAUCGCCAUGAGCACCUCCCCAUACUUUUCCGACAUCUGAUCCCAGCGCUUCAGAGGCAGAGACUGCAGUUCGGUUUCUACGUCAUUGAACAGGCAGGAAAUGAACCGUUCAAUCGUGCCAUGCUGUUUAAUGUCGGUUUCAAAGAGGCCAUGAAGGACUUGAACUGGGAUUGUGUAAUAUUUCACGAUGUUGACCACAUUCUGGAAAAUGACCGCAACUACUAUGGUUGUGGUGAAAUGCCAAGACACUUUGCGGUCAAACUCAACAAGUACUCUUACAUGGUUCAGUUUGCUGGCUACAAAGUGAGUCGACCUCAUGGAGACACUGGUCAUUAUAAGUCUAUACCACACCACCACCGAGGGGAAGUCCAGUUUCUGGGCAGUAAGAUUCCCAGCUGUCCCAGAAUCAAUUGCUUCAACAGCAACCUUUCUCUUGUUCCAUACAAGGGUGGUGCGUAA